AUGUCCAAGAUCGACCGUAUGAUGAUCCAGGGCAUUCGCUCCUUUGGACCCGAGAAGGGCGAGACCAUUGUCUUUACCACUCCGCUUACGCUCAUUGUCGGCUGGAACGGUUCUGGCAAGACUACCAUUAUUGAGUCGCUGAGAUAUGCAACUACAGGUGACCUGCCCCCAAACAGCAAGAAAGGCGGUGCUUUCAUCCACGAUCCCAAGCUGCGAAAUGAGAAGGAACUCUUGGCGCAGGUCAAGCUGUCGUUUCGUUCAAGCUCGGGAGUGCGCAUGGUUGCCACCCGCAAUCUGCAGGUCACCGUGACGAAGAAUGGGCGCAGCCAGAAGACGCUCGAGGGCUCGUUGCUCAUGCUGAAAGACGGCGAGAAGCACUCCAUCUCCACCCGUGUUGCCGAGCUCGACCAGAUCAUCCCUCAGUAUCUUGGUGUAUCGAAAGCAAUUCUAGAUAAUGUCAUCUUUUGCCACCAGGAAGAAAGCCUGUGGCCGCUCAGCGAUGCCUCUACGUUGAAGAAAAAGUUUGACGAGAUCUUCGAAGCAAUGAAGUACACCAAAGCGAUUGAAAACAUCAAAAUGAUCCGCAAAGACCGCAACGUCGAGCUCGGUCAGCUGAAGAUUAUCGAAGCAAACGCGAAGGAAGACAAGGACCGCGCCGGCAAGAGUGAGAAGCGACAAGCUGCGCUCUUUGACGAAAUUGAACAACUCCGCGGAGAAUACGAAAAGAUAGAUGGAGAGUGCACGCAAGCACAGCUCAAAGCCAACGAAGCUUACAACCACGCUGCAAGAUACGAACAGAUUCUAGCACAGCUGAAUGGAAAGCGCAUCACUUUCAGCGCCAACAAAGACAGCGUGGAUGAAUUGCAAGACAACCUCAAGCAGAUGGCGGAGUCAGACGAUGAGCUUCAGGAGAUGUUGGAUCAGUACGAGGAACGCAUUGCGACAUACGCUACUCAGCAAGACGACUCGCGACAACAGUACGGCGACCUCAAGGAAGAGCUGCAGCAAAGCAGGAACUCACUUGGUGCGAAGCAGGGCGAGAUCGGCAAGUACGAGGCGCAGAAAGAGCAGCACGAUCGUCAGAUCCAACUGCGCGAAAACAUCAUCAAAGAGACAGCUAAGCGUCAUAGCAUCCGCGGCUACGAUUACGACAUCACAGAGAAGCACAUCUCCGACUUUCAACAGGUCCUGAGCAGAAUGUCUCGCGACCAAAACAAAUCACUCGAUCGUGCACGAGAGGAUGCGCAGCGCGAGCUCCGCGAGGCGCAGAAUGAUCUCAACGAACUCAACACCCGCAAAUCAAACUUGAACCAGGGUAAAGAAUCUGCGCGGACGACUAUCACAAGCAACGAUAAGCGCAUCUCAGACCUGCAGAGGUCGAUGAACCAUAUCAAGGCCGAUGAAGGCAGCGAAGCUAUUUUGCAGGACAAGAAGCGCGAGACCGAGGAGCAGCUGAACAACGCAAACUCUGAAGCAGCUUCAGGUCGAUUCAACGAGCGGAUACAGGAAGUCUCAGAGACUGUACGAAUACUCGAGGAUAAGAAGGAGCGGUUGACCGCCGAGCUCGGCGACGCGACGAAGCAGGCUCGUGAAUCGGCGUCCAUUGACUACACGCGAAACGAGCUGCAAAGCCAGCAGCACAGUCUCGAGAAGAUGAAGAAAGUUCACAACAAACGCAUCUCUCAGCUCGUUGACCCCGACUGGGACCCAUCGACUCUGGAGACCACCUUCCAGAGCGUGUUCUCAGAGAAGUCUGCCAAAGUCAAGGAAGCAACAUCGCGUCGCGACAUUACCCAGACAAAGCUUGACAAUGUCCAUUUCCAAAUGUCGAGCCUGGAAUCACAGCUCAAGAAGAAACGAGCAGAGUUGCAGCAGUAUGAGAGGACCGUAAAGGAGGCCAUUCAGAAGGACGAUAUAUCCGACUUUGACGAGACAUUGCAGCAACUCGAGGACGACUACGAUGCUACCUCGACAGACAAAGCAAAGUUUGAAGCCCAAAUCGAAUACAUGCGGCAGUGUCUGAUGACCGCUGAGCGAGACAACACUUGCCGACUAUGUGCCAGGGCUCUGCACGACGACAGGUCGCAGCACUUCACCGCCGCCGGCUUCAUCGAAAAACUAAACCGGAUCAUCGAGAAAGCUGAGAUUAACAUGCAAGGAGACAAUGCGGAGGAACUGCUGACGGAACUUGAAGCCGCGCGCAAUGCUAAGCCAAGCUACGAACUGGCAACUCGUCUGCGCGACUCCGAUCUUCCUGCUCUCCAGAAAGAUCUCGCAAAACUGUCAACGGAGCGCGACAACGCCAACAAGCAACUAGAAGACCAGGAUGCUGCCAUUCACGACUUAGAGACUGAGAAGCAAGAUGUAGAGUCUCUUUCGAGAGAUGUCCAGACGAUUGUCCACAACUACAACGAGAUCAUCAAGCUCGAGGCGCAGGUCAAAGACUUGAGCCAGAAGCAGACGACUGCAGGUCUGUCAAGAGGCAUCGACGCUGUUCAGGCAGAUAUGAAGAAAAUAACUGAUGAGAGUCGAAACGCAAGAAAUGCGCUGGACCAGCUUACAUCCGAGCGAGACAAGUCCCGGAACCUCAUCACGACUCUCGAGCUCAGAAUCCGCGAUAUCAACGCUGAUCUUAACAACGCACAGUCGAAACUGAAGGAGAAGCGAGCUCUAUCUGAGCGGAUCGAGGAGCUGAGGACAGAAAGCAGCAACCAGCGCGAAACCAUGCGCGGGUUUGACAGAGAUGUUGAAAUCGUUGUUCCUGAGAUUGAGCAGGCUCAAUACAAGUACGACGAUAUCAACCGCCGAGGCAACGAGAAGGUCCAACGCGCGCACGAUGAAGCCUCCAAGCUUUCUGACAGCGUUCGCCAGCUUACCCAAGCCGACGGGGAGAUCAACGCCUACAUCGACCGCGGCGGUCCGCAACAACUCGCACGCACACACCGGGACAUUGAAAACCUGCAAGGCGAAAUCGCCCGCAUCGAAUCCGAGAUGAUGGAAGUUACACGCAAGGUCAAGAAAAUCGAAGACACCAUGCGCGACACAGAAAUGACCAAGCGCUCAAUCUCCGACAACCUGCGGUACCGCAAGGCGAAACGUGCCCUGGAGACUCUUCAAAUAGAGAUUGAGAAACUCGAAGAGCAUGGCGCUGAGCGCGACAAGGACCACUAUGAGCGCGAAGCGCAACACUGGGACACACGCUAUCACCAACUCAACACGUCCAAGACAUCAGUAGAACGCGAUAUGAAGAACAAGGACGACCAGCUUACCGAGCUCAUGGAAGAGUACAAGUCGCUGUACGAGAAGGCCGCAAACGGUUACCGAGAGGCCCACAUCAAAGUCGAAACCACAAAGGCCGCAAUCGAAGACCUCGGACGCUACGCGGGCGCCCUAGACAAAGCAAUCAUCCAAUACCACGCGCUGAAGAUGGAGGAAAUUAACCGCAUCAUCGCCGAGCUCUGGCGCAACGCGUACCAAGGCACCGACGUAGACACGAUCCGCAUUGCCGGCGACUCAGACGCCAAAGGCAACAGCUUGUACAACUACCGCGUCGUAAUGGUAAAGCAGGACACGGAGAUGGACAUGCGCGGGAGGUGUUCGUCAGGGCAAAAAGUGCUCGCCAGCAUCGUAAUCCGGCUCGCGCUCGCAGAGUGCUUCGGCACAAACUGUGGCCUUAUUGCCCUCGACGAACCCACCACCAACCUCGACCAGCAGAACAUCCAGGGCCUCGCCCAGAGCUUGUCCCACAUCAUCCAGAUGCGCCGCAAGCAGGCCAACUUUCAGCUCCUCGUCAUCACCCACGACGAGCAGUUUUUGCGUGAAAUGAACUGCGCUGAUUACACCGAUGUCUACUGGCGAGUCGGCCGCGAUGCGAGCCAGGAGAGCUUCAUUGAGAGGCAGAACAUUGCUGAGGUGAGUUGA